UUUUGUCAAGAAUCAAGAAAAUUUCGGUUAGAAUUAUAAAUUCGAUUAACCUACAUGUAUAAAAUAAUAAUAUAAUUUUUAAUAUGUUUAUUAUAACUGAUAAGAAAAAUUUGCCCCUUAUGUUAGUGAUCGAUAACGUUUUCGAUUCAUAAUGAAUUCUCGAGAUCCUAAAAAAAUAGCAGCACAAUCGAGAUGGAAACUUCUCCAAUCAGUGAUUCUUUCUUCAUCCAAUACUCAAAAUAAGAAAAUUUUAAUAAAUUCAACAUCAGAUAUUAAUGAUAUUUAUACAUCUCAAAUUUCACAAAGACAACAUCGAGGAUUUAACUUGUUUUCUCUCCAAAAAAAAGACUUAACGAGUGAAGAGUGGUUCACUUAUGAUCUUCAUGAUCAUUUGACUUUAAAUGUCCGGAUAAAAAUUCCUAAGGCAAUUGAUUUGAAAACAUCUUUUACUUCUGAAUAUUCAGGAUUUUUGAAUACAGGUAAUAUAUGUAUUUGGCCAGCAGAAGAGGUUUUGGGUUAUUACUGUAUGAAAAAUGAGAAAUUAUUUAGAAAUAAAAAUGUGUGUGAGUUAGGCGGCGGAAUGUGUGCAUUAGCUGGUUUGAUAGUAGCUGCGAAAUGUCAUCCUCAAAGUGUUACAUUAACAGAUGGAAAUCCUAAUUGCGUAAAUAAUAUCCAAACUAUCUUGAAUUCGAAUAAGGAUCUUUUCUUUGAUGUAGAUAUAUGUUCCAUGCAAAUGCUUUGGAAUAAGAAUACGGUAUAUGACACUAAAUAUGAUAUAGUUAUAUGCGCUGAUUGCACCUUUGAUAAAGAGACACAUCACCACCUUCUUCAUGUUGUGCGUUCUAUCUUAAAGAAGCCAACCAGUAAUGACAAGUCAGAUGAAAGUUUGUUUAUUUUAUGUGCACCACAUCGAGGUGAUAGUUUACAAGCAUUUAUCACUUUGUUAGAAUCUAUCAAUGAGUUUCGUGUUGAAUUGUUGGUAAAAUAUGAUGAUAAAAUCUGGCAAUGUCAUGAACGAAGUUUGAAAGAAGAACAAGGAUACUAUGAUAAAGAUAUUCAUUAUCCUCUAAUUAUGUGUGCUUCUUGGAACUUAUGAAACUUUGAAAUUUUUGUAAUAAUAAAAAAAUUUAACUGAAUAUUGAAAUAACGAAAUAUUAUUAUUACAACAAAUAUUGCAAUAUUAUUCGUCGUAAUCGACAUCAAAUGUAUCCU